AUGCAACAGAUCAACGAGUUUACAUGUACCACACCAUUUGAGAUUUCAUAUCUUUGGCAAGAAGCAGGAGCUACGUAUGAUCAUGGAUGCGAUUUCUUAGAUGGAGUUGGAGACUUACCACUUUUGUGUUGGGAAGAGAUUUGUGAACGAGUUGAGCAAACUACCACUGAAGAAGAGUCUAACACAUCAAUUGAACCAUCUACCACUCAAACCGAAGCUGAAACUACUAGUGAUACCCAAGAUGAAACUGUCAGUGACCCACAAGAUGAAACUACCAGUGAUACCCAAGUAACUAGUAGUGACCCACAAGAUGAAACUAGUAGUGACCCACAAGAUGAAACUACCAGUGAUACACAAGUAACUAGUAGUGACCCACAAGAUGAAACUAGUAGUGACCCACAAGAUGAAACUACCAGUGAUACCCAAGUAACUAGUAGUGACCCACAAGAUGAAACUACCAGUGAUACACAAGUAACUAGUAGUGACCCACAAGAUGAAACUAGUAGUGACCCACAAGAUGAAACUACCAGUGAUACCCAAGUAACUAGUAGUGACCCACAAGAUGAAACUAGUAGUGACCCACAAGAUGAAACUACCAGUGAUACACAAGUAACUAGUAGUGACCCACAAGAUGAACCCACCAUUGUUACACAAGAUGAAACUACUAGUGAUACCCAAGUUGAAACCACUAGCGACCCUCAAGAUGAAACUAGGUCCAUUGAAAAAACAACAGAACCAACAUCUGAGAAUACUGAAGAUCCAGUAAAAUCACCAGCAGAAGAAGAAACUAAAAGUUCAAGUAGCGAAACAACUAUCCUUGUCUCACAAGAAUCGACCAUGACACAGUCUGAUGAACCAAGUGAAUCUCCUACCCAAACACCAGCUCAAUCUGGAACUGAAAGCUCAACAUAUUCAGCUUCCCAUCAAGCUACAGGAGCUCCUACCGAGGAAUCUAGUAAUCCUGGCCUGGCUAGCGCAUUCACUACCAAUGUUUCCACUAAUAGAGAAACUGAAACAAAAACCAAUGAUCCAUCCAACCGUAAUACAGAAACUUCAACGGAUUCAGCUACAGGAAAUCAAUCAAUACCACCAACAAUUGCUACUUCAAGAACUGUAAUUGAAACUAUUACCACAACAUCAGUUGAUCCUACUAUCACCAGAACCAUAACCAAUACAGUGACAUACAUAACAGCAGAUCCACC